AUGGCAGACUCAAAAGAAGAUCGGUUGGUUAAAAAGAGAUUGGCUGAACGACGUCGGAAAGCUCGCAUCAAGAGUGAUCCAGAGUUUUACGCAGUGCACAAGGAGAAAGAUAGGCAACGGUAUUUUAAAAGGAAGAAUGAAGGAAAGAUAAAGACUGUAAGUGAAUUAGAUUCUCGCCUACAACGAAUUUUUAGGGAGAGAAGUAGAAUGUCUUCCAACAAACACAAUUUGAAAAAAAGGCGCAAAGAGAUGAGGUGUCUUGAAGAGGAUUUAAUGAUUGUACCAGAAGCAAUCGACGAAACUGACGAUCCUUUGGUUACUUCACGAUCGCAACCAAAACGAUCAGGAUCACUUCAAACUGAAGCAAGGUCUCAUGUUGAUUUGCUACCAUCAAGUUCAUUGGUCGUUUCAUCGCCUUUACCUCAGCGUGUUAAGGCUUAUCGAGACUUGGCAGCACCAUUGAGUCCGUGUAGUGACGUCAGUACAAUUUCAAGGCCAUGUACCAGAUCAUCAGUUCGUGUAAUUGAAAAGGAGUUUCCUCCAACUAGAAAGGCUAACAAGAAACUAAAUAUCAAAGUUAUUAUACGUAGAAUUAAAUACCGCAUGAACAAAAUGUAUCAGUUACAGAAAAAGAAGAUUGAUGAAUUGAAGACUAUCAACGAACGACAACGAAAACAGUUAUAUAGAUUAAAACACCAAAGUGCUGCAUUAAGAAAAUAUGAACCGACAAGCAAAACUAAUACAGAAGAUAUGAAACAACAAAGUGAAUCAGACGCUGUAAAAACAAUUAAAAAUAAUGUAGAAGAGGACAUUAAAACUUUUCUUGAAGAAGAUGAAAACAGUCGUAUGUGUUCUGGAAAAAAGGAGUUCAUUACUAAGAAAAAGGAUGAAAAACAAAGACGCUACUUAAAUGAUUCUUUAAAAGACUUAUAUACUAAGUUUAAGCAAACAAAUCCCCAAAACAAAAUUAGUUACUCCAGUUUUUGCAAAAAACGACCGUUUUGGAUACUGAAACCUGCUAUAAAUAAACGAGAAACCUGUCUUUGUAUUGAACACGAAAAUAUGGACUUAAUGAACAGGUUCAUUAAAAAAAUGAAAAGCGAUCUCACUGAUGAAGAGUGCAAAAUUCACUGCGAUUUUAGUGAAAAUUACAGCACAAAGUACGGUAAUGAAAUUCAAGCCAUUCAUUUCGGGGGUAUUAUAACGAAAACUAUUAACGAUUCCGGUAUUUAUGAAAAAGAUUUGUUGAUUCCAUCCGAUCUCAAGCAAUUUGCAGGGACUAUGAAAGUUCAUCAGGCAGUGUGGAACGCCAAUGAGCCCAACCAACUAUCAAUGAGAAAAAUGAGUUGCGCCGAAGGUGAAUGUAAAAAUAAUUCAGUGUCGUGUGAACAUGGGUAUCAUGUAGGAUUAUACAUCAUAGGCGAGCAAACUAACCGACUGCUGGCUGAUAGAACCAACAAAAACAAGAGUGACAAGAUCGAUCUGAUCAAAAAGUCAAGUCAAGCCCUAAAGUGUAGCGGAGUCGGUGCAGCAAAAUCUAAAAAACCUCAAAUUUUAUCUAAUAUUUUGAUUCAACCUGGAAGUAGCUAUCAUGUUGAUCUUGCUGAUGAAUGCUCCGAAACCAAGCAGCGCUUGUCGCAUACCUUAACAUCCGACAUUGGAUUGCAUGAAAGUGACAGCUUCUGGACGCGUGUGUCGACAGAUUGUGAAAAUAUUGCUCCGGCAGUAAUUAAUGAAGUAUUCUCCAAAAUUGUAGAUUCUAAAGAAAGCAGUGACGAGGAAUAUAACAUUUUUUAA